AGGUUUAUACCUGCAACCAAACACAGUUAGUAGAAGCAUCUGAAUAGGUAUCUAUAGGGUGUAUAAAUAGCACUCCCAGUUAAACAGUGCAUUGUUCACAACAUUAGUCCGUCAUUGUGAAUUCGGACACACUUUUGUAACUACUGGAUAUUUCUAAGGGAAUUCUUGGUAAACAUAGCCUGCAUUCGUGUACUGGUGUACGAGUGUUCAUAAACCAUUCUGUGAUGUAAGGCAACGGUCCAGUUUCACAGACGAGACCCUAAGCCAGGAAUAUGUCUUAAAUGUGGAUAUUUGAGUUGCUUUUGAUCAAAUGCCUUAGAUAAAAACAUUACUGGUGUGCAUCUUGAGACAAAACAAUGGCAAUGACAUAUUUCAAGACAACUCAAAUUUUAGUCUGGGACUAGUCUUAAGCCAUGUCUGUGAAUCCGGGCAAACAUGUAGGGGUAUAUAUAUACAUUCCAGCGUUCCAUGUUUUAUUUGUAUCUUAUAAGCAAAGGAGCUUAUACUUGCUGAUAUUUUACCACGUACCAAAAACAAAAGUGUAAAAUCUUGUGUAUCCUAUAAGCAUAGAACAAUGUUUGACUUCAACAAAUUUGUAUUAAAUCAAACAUGGUGGUUGAAGCAGAUGUAUUCGAUUUGACACCACUGACACUGCACUCUACUAAUACUACUUUAUUAAUGAUUGAAGGAUCUCGAGUACAUUGAGUCAUACUUUGCAUUUCGAACACACGUUACUGCUAGAUUAAGCGUGUUUAGCCUCUCGACAUUAGAUGCAUAGUGAAAGCUUAUGACGCUUUCUCUCAUGUUCUCUUUUAUGGCUAUUUGAUACUAUACAUAAUCAAGUGACCUUUUCUGACAAAUAAGGUUCAUUUUAAUCUAACCUGAUGAUCACCACUUCUCUCUUUAUUGCUGAGACACCUCAAAAGAAAAAAACAUUCAGUGAUUCAGCUGUGUGCAGUGAUGUUACAGAAAUCCGCAUUAACAAACCGACUGAAUCGUCAUGUAUACCGUCAACUGGGAGAUAGUCUGUUAUUAGAUACCUGAUCGUUAUCUAGACUUAUCUCAUCUUAUCGGUCAAAGAACAGUGUCCAUGCCAAACCACGCCCAAGCGGUAUGAAUAUUUGAUGCAAUAGUUUUAUUUGUUUACUAAUAUUCUAGGUUGAAUAUUUAUAUAUAUAUUUGUAUUAUUUGUAUUGACUGCACACUAAACAACUUUAUCUUACUUCACUGUUAAUUUACUGCUGUGUUUAGUGAUAUAUUCUAAGAAGUUCCUGCGAAAGUUUGGUUUCUUCAAAGAUUUCUUAUUAAACGGUUUCUUUUGAUGACUGCAAAGAAAUAUAAAACUGUUUAUUGUUUACCAUUUUUAAGAUUAAUCAUCAAGAGAGGCAAUAAUACAGUACAAUAAGUGCUGUAAGAAGUUACCAGUUUCAACAGUCUAAGACAAUAGAGAAUGCCUGUUGAGAGAGACAUAAGAGGUGUUUUAAACCUAGUGUGUUUUUUGGUUUCUUAAGGAACAUCUUUCAUUGUUUACAACUCUGUGGAUCUGAGUUAUGUUUGUGUAAUGUAUGAUAGAACAAUGUAACCUCUCCAAAGUGACUGACCUUCCGAAAUGUCCUCGGAUGCUAUAGCAGCAUGAAAUGCACAUUGAUUUUAUGGCUGAUUGGCAAAUGAACAAUUUAAAAAAGAGAAAUGAAUUCAAUUCAAAUUUAUGUCUAUAGAGCUUUCGCAAUUUUUCCUUAUCUAUACAUCGUUGCCUUGGAAUGUAACACUCUAUAAUAUAACACUAUCUGAGAUAACCAGCUUUUCUAUUUUACUCCGUAGAACAAAACUAUUUGUUUUCUAAAAAAGUACAAAAUGUCAAGAAAAAACAUCAGGUAAUGUAAAAAAAAAAUGUCGGAAAAUAUGCGAAUAGUUAAAUUUGGACAAAAAUAGUAUAAUUCCAAGGCGACAACAUGCCAAGGCAGAUAGUAAAGAUAAUUGAUUUAAAGUUGAGAGGAAACGAUUCAGUAUUGAUUUAACAUUAAAUGUAUUAUCUUUGCUAUCUGGAAAGUGUAUUAUAAAAUGUCAGAUCCCAGGUACCUCAGGAAUCUCUGAAAGAAGAGAUGACUGAAAUGAUGACAAUGUGUCAAUUUGAAACCUUUUAAAAAAUGCUGUUGAAAAAUGUCAUCUCAAGACUAGUUUAUUUGAACAUAAAAACACAUGUAAAUAGGGCUGUUACCUCAGUGGGUAUUGAGGUAUGUUAUCACUUCAAACACUGUUUCCACAAACUGUUUAAUGUUCUUAUGCUGAGGUUUGUUGGCACAACAUAACUUAAAUAAAACUCAGAAAGUAAAAAUGGAAACACUCCUUGGAGCAGGGAAAAUUUUCUGACAGUAAAUGUCUGUUAUAUUUAUUCGUACAUUGCACAUUGGAUAGUUUAUCCCAACCUUGUGCCAGCCAACUUUGAACUAUAGGUAAACUGCUUAGACUAGUCUACUUUAUUUCUUUUAGACUGGUCAUAACUUCUUUAAAUCAGUUACAUAAAACUGUAGGUUGGGCUAGUUGAAAUAUGAAGUAAGACUGAUUAGUUCUAACUAAUUCCUAGUCAGUGAAACUGUCUUAACUUAGCGGCUCUAAAUAUGCAAUUGAGUCAUUUUGUUUUCCAAUGAAACAUUCAUUGUCUGUUCAACAAGCAUUCAUGUCUGUCAUUCAUUUUAAUUCAAACUUACAUUAAUUGUACGUUUUCCAAUUAUUGAAAAAAAGACUUUCAGUUUCUUCGGGUGUCUCAUUUCAAGCUUGAUGCCUUAAAGAAGCCUAAAAAAUGAAAUUACAUUUUUGUUCAUGUCACACAUGUGUCCAGUAUAGUAGUUUUGAACAUGAUAAAUUCAUUACUAAACAUGAUGAUUCUCGUUUUCUUCUGAUGCAUCUCCUCUGAAAGAAGAAAGAUGUUAUCAGUUUAUCAUACCGCUUGAGUUUUAUUACAGCAGUGUUCAGGAAAUUUACUGCUCUGUCAAUGGUUGAUCUCGUCUUGGACUUUUCUUCUUUUUUACACGUCUUAUAACAUUAUCGCUUUCUGGGGCUGAAAGCACAUCAUUAAGGCUUCUCUGUCAUUUCUUGUCUUUUUUCACGGUUGUUUUGUUGCUGGUUCAGACAUGAGGCACAGAGUCACUCUAUACACUUGCCUUUUUCUUUUUCAAAUCUUAUAUCUCUUUCGCUCUCAAGGUAAAUGUGAGGUGAGUAAAUAUUUUACCCAUCCAUUUUUAAGUUGUAAUGGAAAUAUGUCCGGUUCUAUUAGAAGUUUAGUAACUUAUUGCAUGUGUCAUAUCGCAUAUAUAUUUUUAUUGUUAUUUUACCAGGAUAGUCCCAUUGAGAUGCAGAUCUCUUCUUCCAGGGAUUCCUGAUCAAAAUGGCUGCACAAAAAGUUACACAUAAAACAACUGCAGAAGGAUCAAACAAUUAGUUAAUUUAGAAGUUAAUUAUAAAACAUUUACAUAUUUACCUUAAUUUGGUCUAUAAAAUAUUUUUUAAAACAUUAAAUGAAGGGAGUUGUUCCAGCAUUAAGAUGAUCUGCAGUUCAUUCCACAAAAAAAGGAUAUUACUUUUUUUAUAGUCAUGUUAGGAAUUUCAAAGAAAUCUCAAAGAAAACUCUUUAAAAAUAAAUUCACCACCCAUUGUAUUAACUUUUUGCAUUGUUUUUCAUCCUUUUUUCUGUAGACAACACACAAAGUGACUGGUAUGUGUCUAUCUGAAUUCAUCUUAUUGUUGUUUCUUUAUUUAUAAAGAUUGCUUAUUAACAAAUAUUUUAACACAUGAUUAACUGCAUUAGCAUUGAUUUUGCAGAAUAUAAUGUAGAUGAAGAUAAAGUGGAUCUCUUUGAUGUCAAUGAAGCUGCUGGGAUUGAUCUUUUUGAGGGAGAUAUUAUAUUAGACGAGAAGCUGGGGAGAAAUUCAAUCAUUGGAGAUGAAUACAGGUGGCCAAGAACAAUUCCAUAUUAUCUUGAGGAUGAUUUGGAGAUCAAUGCUAAAGGGGUCAUUCUGAAGGCCUUUGAACAGUAUCGCCUCAAAUCAUGCAUUGACUACAAACCAUGGACUGGAGAAGAAAACUAUAUUUCCGUAUUUAAAGGCAACGGAUGUUUCUCAUCAGUUGGGAACCGGCGAGUUGGCAAACAAAGGCUGUCCAUUGGCAGUGGUUGUGAUCGUAUCGCUACGAUUGAACAUGAGUUCCUCCACGCUUUAGGAUUUUGGCAUGAGCAGUCCCGCUCUGACCGUGAUGACUACGUCUCUAUCAUUUGGGAAUACAUAUCUGAGGGCAAGGAAAAUAACUUUAACAAAUACAAUGACACCACAUCAAGUGCCUUGAACGUGCCCUAUGACUAUGGUUCAAUGAUGCAUUACAGCAAGAAAGCUUUUCAGAAUGGUACCGAGCCCACCAUAGUCACCAAGAUCCCCGCUUUCAGUGAUGUUAUUGGUCAGCGUAUGGAGUUCAGCGACAGCGACAUCCUGAAGCUCAACAGACUCUUCAACUGCACUCGCUCCUCAACGUUCCUGGACUCGUGUGAUUUUGAGUCAGAGAAUAUCUGUGGAAUGAUCCAAAGCCAUGAUAAUAAUAACAGUGCGAACUGGCAGCGUGUUUCCAAAGCUUCAGGUGGACCGGACACAGACUACACCAACUUGGGUCGCUGUGAAGAAAGGGGUUAUUUCAUGCACUUUGGCACAGCGGGUGGUCUGCCGGGGGACAAGGCACUGCUGGAGAGCAGGGUUCUUUAUCCCAGACGAGGAUUUCAGUGCCUGCAGUUUUUCCUCUACAAGAGCGGUCAUGACAACAAUCAGCUCAAGAUCUGGGUACGAGAGUUUGACAAGGCCAACCCCAAUGGGACGCUCCAUCUCAUCGAAAGCAUUAAUGCUCCUCCCUAUGACCAGUGGCAACUCCACCACGUGAGUCUGAAUGUUUCCAGUAAGUUCCGUGUGGUGUUCGAGGGAACUCGAGGAACUGGGAGCACAGGUGGACUGUCACUGGAUGACAUUAACCUUUCAGAGACCACAUGCCCAGAACAUAUCUGGAGAAUCACAGACUUUAAGAGCAUCCUGGAGAACACCCCACUGGGCACUGCCAUUUACAGCCCACGUUUUAAAACGAAGGACGGCUACACUUUCCAGAUGGGCCUGUACCCCAACGGUACAACUGGAUACCAGGGGGAACUAGGAGCCUAUGCCCACUUAACGUCGGGGGAUGAAGCGGACAAUGAAAGUCUGAUUUGGCCCGCUCGCUGGAAGCAGAUAACAAUGAUGUUAAUGGACCAGAAUGCAGACAUCCGCAGACGCAUGUCCAACCAGAGAAGCGUCACAACUGACCCUACAAUGACUCUGGAAGGGUCGGAAAUGUUUUUCUGGGACAAUCCCCGGAAAGUUGGUCAGAAAGUUACAGACGGCAGUGGGACUGAGUACUUUCGUGGUCCAGGCGCUGGAACAUCUGUAUACCUGACCCAGGCCAGAGCUUUGACUCGAGACUUCAUCAAAGGUGGAGACGCCAUCUUCCUCCUCACAAUGGAGGAUAUCUCCCAUCUGGUUGUUUCGCAGCCUUGGCCCUCCACAACACCAUCUCCAGCUAACUCAACUCCCACUGAAACACUGAGUCCAACAAACUCUAACAACAGCUCAUCCACCACCACAACCCCUGGCCCUUAUGACCCGUGUGUGUCUCUACAAUGUGAAAAUGAUGGCGUGUGUGUGGCAGACGAUGCCGGAGGCGCUGUGUGCAGGUGCGCGGUGGGUCAGGACUGGUGGUACUAUGGUAACAUGUGUCAGUACAGGAGCUCGGUGAAGAAUAACAUCAUCACCGCUGUAACAGCAUCCAUUAUUGUGUUUGUCAUCAUGCUAACGGUCACAGUAGUCAGUGUGGUAUGUGUGAAAAAGAAGUCCCAGAGAAAGGUGAUGCUUCCCAGAGGGGGAAUCACCCUGGAAAAUUUGCACACAUUUAAGGCCUGAUAUUUUCCUUUGUAGAUAAUGUCUAUGAAGCGACACCUUUGUAUUAAUAAAAUAAAACUGGUUUUGUUUACGGGGCAACAAGCAGUAUGUACAGUAGCACCGCUUAAACCCCACAAAACAUCUUCUGAAAAAUAUCCUAAAUUGUAUUUUUAAACAUUGAGCCUUUAAAAUAGUUAGCAAGAAAUAAUACUUACUAUAUGAAUAGAUACAUUCAACGGGAUACUCAACCCAUAACCCAUUCUGUCAGAAUUUAUUUCAAGAUUGAUUUUUUAUAAUUUUUUUAUUUCUAGGUCACCUUUGACUACCAUUGUAAUUGUCCCUACUAUCGUGGUCAGA